CGGUUCGAUAUGCAUCAUGGUCAACAAGUGUCAUGCGACAAGCGCUAGCCCGUCUCCAUCAGGCUGUGAUUGCCACGGCAUGCACCCUACACCGGACGUAGUCAGCCAACCACACAUUCCCCUUCUCGUCACCAGUCAGCUCCCCCUCCCACCGGCCAAACACAUCGUCUCUCACAGGCCGAUACAGCCGCCCCUUUGCCCGCUCCUGGGCAUCCUGCUGCAUAGCCUCGCGCUCAUCGCCGCUUAUACCUUCGAAGAAAGAAUCACCGAAUGUCGUCAGCCUGCAGUGCACCACAGAGAACCAACAUAGAUGACCACCGCGUCUCUGCCGGCCUGGCUGAGUCCACAUCCAUUCAUCCGUACCAUCCGGCGACGUCUGUGGGGAGGGGUGUCGGCCGGUCGAUCAGCACACAUGACCGGACCUCAAAGCCAUUCGCCUCCAGCAGGGCCGUGUACUCCUCCGCUGUGGGAAAGAACCACGGGUGCCGGCUGUCGAAGUCGGAGUGCCCGCGGGCAGCCAGCGCCUCCUUCACUGAACGACGGACAAGGCAGCAUGGCAUCGAGUCACCCCAUCCCUCCCUCGCACUGGCUCACGUGCGUCGACGAUGCACUGUAUGUUGCCGUAACCGCCAAACUCUGCGACGAACCGCCCGCCCUUCUUGAGCAGCCCUCGCACAUUCCGCACCACCUUUGCCGGGUCGCUCUUCAUCCAGUGCAAAGCCGCGUUGCUGAAGACGGCGUCGAACGCCCCCUCCCACUCAGGCAUCUUCUCGUCCAGCCGGUGGCCGUCGAUGACGUGCGCGUCAGUGAUGCCAUUGUCGCGGGCUGCGUGGAUCAUCGGCUCGCUGGCAUCGACUGCGGUGACGGAAGCGCCAGAUGAUUGGAGCUGCAGGGUCAGGACCCCAUCGCCACACCCUGAGAGCGACAAACACAUUGCAAUGAUUGAAUCAGAUGCGCUGCGUUCGGUCACUUUCUUUCGUCGCUCUUACCGAGAUCUAAGAUGCGCUCGCCUUUCUGAGGGCUGAGGUCAUUCAGCAGAGGCGCGCCGAGCUUCGGGACGAACCCGGCGUGUGUCUGAUAUUGAAGGCUACUCCAUUCAUUCGAGCGCUCUCCAGUGAAGUCGCUGGGCAUCAGGACGAUGCAGAGUGGCUGCAGGUCUCCUUCCACUUCCUCUCUCCUUUCCCCUCUUCCUUUCUCCUCAUCCGUUUCCCCUCUACCUUUCUC